CACUGGACUAAGCAUACCAUGACUUGCACCUAGCAUGGCCGUCCAGUAUUCAACUCUUCUUCUAUGAAAUGACUCCGGCCUUGCGAAUUGCAAUGCUUCUCCCUACAACAGCGUAAACCGAGCCCGUCGCAUUCGAAUAACUGCCUAGCCCAGUGAAAGACCUCACUCACAAGCCGCAAAAUAUGCCCUUCUAGAACCCGUCUUUCACUCCUCUGCCAAACCCCCCUAACAAAACAUCACCGCCGCCGCAACAGAAAGCUGCACGUAAACUAAGCCAAAUGAGGCAGGAACGCGGAGCGCGUCCGUUUGCCAGCCGCUGUAGCGUAGUUUUGGUGAAGGUAGGUUUUUCUCUGCUUUCGCUCCCUCUCCUCUCCUCUCCUCUCACACCUACAGCCCGCACCCCCCACCAGCACCCACACCAACAGCAACAACCUACAAUGGAAGACCGCGCCAGGCCGGAGAUGACGCCGGCGGAGAUCCGCAAGUGGGUGGCGUGGGAGCAGGAGACGCUGUGGUGGUCGGUGAGCACCAAUGGGAGCCACCCGUUCGCCGCCCCCCAAGGAUCCAGGCCUGCUCCCGACGGGCUUGACUUCCAUCCCAAGGUUCCUCCGGUCGAGCGUGAGGGCAUCCGGCGCUUCGUCGAGCGGCUUUCAGAGCGCAGCAUCGUCCGGAGGUUUGGGGAGGGCAGGAUAGCCCCGUUCUGGACGCAGGCCUGGGUCACGAAGGGGUGGCACGGCAGUGUGCGGUCGGAGCACUUCACCGUGCUCUUGUUUUGGCGAGGCCACGAUGGGUAA